AUGGACAAGAAAGCCGAAGGACACAUCGAGCAGGUCUUGGAGACCGGAUCCUCCCUGGACACCCACAACGAAAAGGUGCAAGUCGAUAUUGAGCAUGCGCAACAGCUUGCAGCAGCCUAUAUGCCCGGUAGCCCAGAAGAGAAGGCACUAGUCCGCAAGCUCGACUGGCGUCUCGUGCCUACGUGCUGGACGAUGUACUUGCUAAGCAAUGUCGACCGAUCAAACAUUGGGCAUGCGAAGAUUGGCGGGCUGGAAGACGACUCCGCAUUGACCUCUACGCAGUACUCGGUUAUCGUGCUCGUCUUCUUCGUCUCGUAUCUGGUCUACGAAGUACCCCGCUCACACAAAGAUGAAGAUAACAUGAUCCUGAAUCGAGUCAAACCCUCGUACUAUCUACUACUAUUGGGUGUCCUGUGGGGCAUCGUCGCAAACCACAAGCACUUAGUAGCUAUGAGAUUCCUUCUCGGUAUCUUUGAGGCCGGGUUCGCUCCAGGAUGCACGUUCUACCUGUCGUCGUGGUACAAGAAGUACGAGCUCACAUCGCGCUUCGCGUGGUUAUAUACCUCCGUGGCCGUUGCCGGGGCAUUGUCUGGUCUGCUUGCUGGCGUCAUUACAGACUACAUGGACGGCGCAGCCGGCAUUCGUGGCUGGCGUUGGCUGUUCAUCCUCGAAGGCCUCGCAUCAGUACUUGCGGCUGUCGUGGUCUUCUUCAUCCUUCCGGACUUCCCAACAUCGACCAAAAGCAAGUUCCUGACCGAAGAAGAGCGCGUCUUGGCAUGCAAUCGCCUUGCAAUAGAAGGCAUUGGCCUCACACAAGGAGCUCAUGAACGGAUUGGCGAAUGGCAAGCGUUCAAGAUGACCUGCGCUGACUGGCGAACAUGGUGCUUAUGUCUCUUGUUCGUGCUCGGGACUGGUUCCCAGACGAUGCAGUACUUCGUGCCGUCCCUAGUGAAGACAUUCGGUUGGGAGGGUAAUACCGCUCAAUGUAAGCUCAACUUCAUCCUAUGGCGUGACUUCACUAAUGUGAGCACAGAUCAUACAAUCCCGAGCUACGCCUUCGCAGUGAUCUGCAUUCUUUCAAGCUGCUUCCUCGCCGAUCGCAUCAAGAACAUCCCACUCGACUUGGCUGGACUGUCAGGCUUUGGCUUCAUCUUCUUUAUUGCUACCACUGCUUGCAGUGAUGGUAUGACGCGAUAUGCGUUGGCCAUCUUCGCCUUCGGCACGGUCUACGGGUGCUCCCCACUUGUCAAGACCUGGAUCUCACACGUCCUUGGCCAUCCAGCUGAAAAGCGCGCGAUUGCUAUUGCCUUGAUCAAUGCCAUUGGCAAUGGCUCUUCGAUAUAUGGUUCCUUCUUAUGGCCUAGCCAUGAUUCACCCAAGUAUUUGAUCGGGUUUGGUACAACCACCGCUUGA